AUGGUAUGGAACCUUAUCUCAGAGUCAAAUCUGACCCCAAGGCACCUGCCAGAGACAGGGACCAGAACAUCAAUACAGCAGCUGUCGACCACUCAGCCUUUCAAGUCUCUUUCCAGGCCCAGUUCUGGCCAGUGCCACCAUGGGAAAAUCAAAGUUCACGGGAUUGGAGGGGGUCACAAGCAGAGGUAUCGCAUGAUUGACUUCCAACGCCUGCGCUACGAGCCAGGAAAGGAAGGAGAGCCGUUUGAGGAGAAGGUGGUUCAGAUCCGCUACGACCCAUGCAGGUCUGCUGAUAUCGCACUGCUUGCGGGUAGCAGUCGGAAGCGAUGGAUCAUCGCCACAGAGAACAUGGAGGCUGGUGACAUUGUGAAGACCUCAGGACUGAUUGGACGAAUGGCAGUUGGAGCCCGGGAAGGAGAUGCUUAUCCACUGGGAGCUCUUCCUGUGGGAACCCUGGUGAAUAACCUGGAGCUACAUCCCGGGAAAGGAGCUCAGCGCAUCCGAGCUGCAGGAACGUGUGGAGUUUUGCUCAGGAAGGUGAACGGUGCAGCAAUUGUUCAACUCCCAUCCAAACGCCAGGUCCAGGUGCUGGAGGCCUGCGUGGUGACCGUGGGUCGUGUGUCCAAUAUUGACCAUAACAAGCGAGUGAUGGGUAAGGCUGGCCGGAAUCGCUGGCUGGGGCUGCGGCCCUCCAGCGGGCGCUGGCAGAGAAAGGGGGGCUGGGCGGGCAGGAAGAUUCGACCGAUCCCACCGAUGAAGAGCUACGUCAAUCUACCGUCGCGGGCGACCCUGAGCUGAUCGGCUUGGACUGAUGUACAUUAAAGAUCUUUAAUGCACGGGC